UGAUGGCAAGCCUUAGACUGGCAUUCAGUGUGAGCCUAGACUUGUGGUGACCUUCACUGACAGCUUAUCUCAAGAGUUGGCUAUCGAUUGGUUUGGAUUGUCGACUGAAUUAGGGCUCAAUUAUCCUCAAAACUAACCACAAAAUGCUGCGGAAGACUAUCUUAUCGCAAGUCUGCGCGAAGGGGAUCCGCUCCUUCAGCACCACUCCGGAGGUGCGUUCAAAAGUGGCCGUUUUGGGGGCGUCGGGAGGCAUUGGACAGCCGUUAUCGCUGCUCCUGAAGCACAGCCCACUCGUGUCGCAACUGAGUCUCUACGACAUCGCACACACGCCGGGAGUGGCCGCCGAUCUCUCCCACAUCAACACCAGAGCCAAAGUGACGGGUUAUGUGGGUCCGGAUCAGCUGAAGCAGGCGCUGGAG